AACGCAAAUUUAACGUUUUCUAAUCAAUUAAUCGAGAGAAAAAAAAAAUUCAACCACUUUAUAAUGGGUUCCCUGUGUCUGAACUUACUUAGAUUGGGCUACCUGUGUUAAAAUCCCUCUGGCUCAGAUUUAACAUGGAUUCUUCUUCUAAUAAGGGUUCUUCUGGUGCUGCAAGUUACUACAACAGGUGGUCAAGCUUUCAAAGAGACGUAGCCCACCAAGUCCUUGACAACCAAGAAUUACAGCUACAAGAUGCCAAACUAGUCCUUGAUCUUGGAUGUGGAACAGGCAACAUGACGGCAGCCCUACUCGAACACUUGUCACAGGACUGCAAAAUUAUAGCAGUUGACCCAGAUGUUGAAAGAAUUAAGGUGGCACAACAACUUCAUGGUUGCCAUAGUAACAUAACAUUCCAGACAGGUUCAAGUGAUAGCUUUCCACACAUGCUUAAAGAGUGUUAUGAUAUAGCUGUGAAUAACUUUGUUAUUCAACUGAUUAAGGAAAGACAAGUUGCAAUGGAUAAUAUAUCRAAAAGUCUGAAGCCAGGUGGGAGAUUACUCAUGACAUAUCCGUGCUUAGAGACAUAUCUAGCACCAAAUAACUCAUUCUACAAAUGGCUGUCAGAAGUAGCUCCACCUGAACAAUUAAAAACUUGGAACAAUAUGCUACAAAUCUCUAAACUCGUACCACAAUUAUUAGAAGACUUGUGUACAAAUGCAGGUUUAACAAUAUUGUCUAGCGUUAAGGGACAAAAAUGGACAACUUUUGAUAAUUUUGAGACACUCAGUGAAUAUCUGUACGGGGUAUCUCAUGGAGUGGURGAUAUCAGAGGAUCUGAAUUUGACCAAAUAAUAAAAAACACUACUCCACCACUAAAUUCUGAUGGGAAAAUAGAAAGAGAAAUGAUUUAUGGGAUCAUUGUUGCCAGAAAAUAAACCAAGAAACAAAGGYUGUCAAAG